AGGGCGUUCUUGUAAAAGGUUGAGGAUUGACAGUUUUUGAAGUUUAUUCCAACUACAUAAAUCUUAUCCAGAUAUAAGCUACAAAACUGCUUAUCCUACAAACAUGGGAAGUAGUUCAAGGGGAAAGAAUUCUAAGGAAGAAAGCAGAUCAAGUAAGCGUCAUGUUAGCAGCAGUAGUAGCGAGGACAGCAAUUCAAGUAGUUCAUCUUCAGAGUCUGAGUCAGAAUCUAAGAUUCACUUCAAGAAGCAGAAAGUAGACUCAGCAACUAAGAAGCAGCGGAAACGAGAAAAGAAACGAGAACGAGAGAAGAAGAAAAAGAAAGAAACAAAUAAGAUCUCCAAGGAUGACUUUUACCACAAAAGCACAGAGUUCAGAUUAUGGCUUGUUGAAGAGAAGGGCAAAUACUUUGAUCAACUUACGGGUGCAAAAGCCAAGAACUAUUUCAAGAAAUUUGUGAAGAGAUGGAAUGCAGGGAAGCUUUCAAAGAAAUUUUACAGAGGAAUAGACCAUGAGGAUGCCAGAGCAUCUCUUACUAAAUAUAAAUGGAAGUUUGCAGAGCGUCACACACCCACAAACAUAAAGAAGCUUGACAUUGCCAGCUACGAUAACAGACAUAAUACAACGCUUAGUGGAGAUCACAUGACCCCAGUGGCUGACGGUCUCAUGAAACCCAAGACCUUCUCAACCUUCGGCAAAUCAACAGCAUCGGGAUCAAGAGAUGACAGUGACCAAAUUGGACCAAGUCGACCUGUACAAGGACCCUCAAGACCAGUACAGGGACCUAUGCGACCACCAUCUUCGUCACAAGCUGAGUAUGAAAUUACACAAGAGCAGAGAACGAAGCAACUCAGAAAAGAGCGAAAACAGUUUAGAGAACAUGAUAAAAUGGUUAUGGAAGAGCUUGCACCGAGGGCUACUGGCCAUGAAGCCAAGAUUGAAAAGAGAUUGCUCCGAGCAGAGCAGAGAAAACGAAAAGGAAACAGCCCUGAGACAAGAGAGUCAUUCCUGUACGGGGGAAAGACUGACAUUCAGUCACAGGUAGAUGCACAAAGGCAUAAAAAGGAGCAGAGAAAAGAGCAUUGGGAGAACAAAGCUGCCACCAAAGCAGAGGAAUAUAGGGCAAAGGAGAAGGCAAAGAUGUCUGCACUGUUGGAGCUUGCAAGAGCAAACAAAAGUGAGAAUGCACUCUGGUGAUUGACAUGAGGGAUGAUGAACAAAGCACAGAGCUUACUGAUGAUGAACUUUAACAAAUACCACAGCUCCAUGUGUCUUUCCAAGUGUACAUACUAACAACUUCUAUUACUUCAGGUAUCCGUAUAUUUAUGUUUAAGUUUGAACUCUCUUUGAUCUUUGUGAUUGGAUUUGUUGGGAAUUGGCAACUAGGUGCAACAAAAGAUUGUCAACAAUUUUGUUUUUUAAUUUUUUAAUUACAGUAUUUGGAUUACAGGUUUUGUCUAGGUUUAUUUUAGAUAAUAUUGUAUGGGUGUCCCUAAUGACUUCAAAUUGUGUAUUAAAGAUUUUUUAUUUUUGUAACAUAAUAGACUUUUAUUUGAUACAUGUCAUCAAAUUUGUAAAGGGUUAUUCCUUGCUUCGUUAGAAUCGGUGUACAAUAGCUUAUGGGUUACUAGAAGAAAAAACAUUAUUAGAAGAAAUUACCUUUGCAAGAACGUUAACUAGUUAAGGGUGGCAAAGAUCCAAACUUGUACACACAUUUCAUGUAGUUUCAUGACAAAAUCAUUAUUUCAGAUUUAAACGCAUGACUCGACAAUCAGUCUUAUUUUUACUUUCAUGAAUUUUUAAUCAAACACUUCUAGAAAUGCAAAUGCUCCUGUAUCAAAUAAUCCAUUCUAUCUGGUGUCCAGGCUCCCAAUCACAACCUGCUGUGCAGAUUGUUUGAUAGGCACCAGUUAAAGACAUUGGACACUAUUGGUAAUUGUCAAAGACCAGUCUUCUCACUUGCUGUAUCUCAACAUAUGCAUAA